AUGCAUAAGCGAUUAUCGGUUGAUGACAAGCUUCUGAGUAUUGGUGUGCCUAUUGUCUCCAAAUGUGUGCGCUGCUCAAGAGGGGCAUAUGAAGACCAGAACCAUGUCUUGGUGGAAGGUGAAAUGGCCUCUGCAAUCUGGAAAAGAAUAUCUGGGAGGUUGGGGCUGAGGUCUGAUCGAAAUGGAAGCUGGAGGCAAAAAAUUGAGCUUUGGUUUCGAAGGGCAAGGAGAUCCAAUAUAAGAGGUGCAGGAGGUAUUAUAAGAAAUGAUAGGGGUGAACUCAUUCUUGCUUAUGCUAAAAGACUAGAGCCCGGUACGAAUAAUAAUGCUGAAUUAAUUGGAUUGUUAUAUGGUUUACGCUGUGGCAUUUGGAAAUUACAAGAGUUUUGGGAGGAGAUUGUUGUGUUGCUUGCUGGUUUUUCGCACAGGAUAAAACAUGUUUUCAGAGAGGGGAAUGUUGUGAAGGAUGGUUUGGGAAAGUUGGGGGCUGAUGGUUUUUCAAGCUUGUGGACCGAAUCAUCUUCUAUCCCAUCACAGAUUAGGGGCCUUUUGCGAAUUGAUAAAGCAGACUUACCUGCUAUGAGGGUCUCGGAGGUCCCGUCCUCCAUUAAACAAAAAAAAAAAAAAAUAGUCGUGUCGUGUGCAGACAUUCUAGACUUUGCUGCUCGUGACAGUUCCUAUAAAGUGGGUGGUAUAAAUUAUGCGGUGCCAUCAGAACGUCGUGAUGGCAGAGUAUCUUUGAAGGAUGAGCCUGACGUGAACCUCCCACCACCUUCCUUUAAUGCCAAGGAACUACAAGAAAAUUUUGAAAGAAAACUUAGUCUGGAUGAAAUGGUGACACUUUUCGGAACACAUUCUAUAGGGGUCUCACAUUGUUCUUCCUUCUCAACUCGGUUAUACUCUUUCAAUGCAACACAUCCACAAGAUCCCUCGAUGGACCCCAUAUUUGCUAGAAGCUUAAAAGCAAAGUGUCCCCCACCAUCAAAUUCCAGAGAUGGACGUUUUCCAACAGUGCCACUAGACGUUCUCACACCAAACAAGCAAGAUAACAAGUACUACAAAGAUUUGAAGAACCACCAAGGCUUGUUGACAUCUGACCAAACUCUUUUUAGCAGCUCUUCAACGAAAAAUAUUGUGAGGAACAAUGCAAGGAAUGAUGCAGCUUGGGCCAACAAGUUUGCUGCAGCUAUGGUGAAAAUGGGUUACAUCGAUGUUCUCACAGGAAGACUGGGUGAGGUUAGGAAGGACUGCAGGUUUGUUAACUAG